AUGGGUAAUUUCGGAACUGCUGUCAACUCCCUGUUGAGCACUUACACCAAGUGCCUGUCUCUUCUGAACGGCUUCCCUAAAGAUGAGGAUCCGGGGCCAUUGAGUCACACGCGCUCAACACUGAGCAUCUCACUUCGAUCCGACAGAGCUCGGGUGCGUCGAGAAUAUGCUUCGCGACUUUCGCAAGAUGGUUCUCGGUUUGAAAAAGGCGAUGCUCCUGCACGAUCAGCUCUUAGACGCAUUGUGAGGAAACUCACAAUCACCCUGGCCGACGUGGUCCGCUCAUUUCAUGACCCGAAAGGACAGCCGAUCAACAGCGAGUCUCUUCUAGCUCUAUCCACAGGCUCAAGUCUAGACGCCGUUCGCGCUAUGAAUGACUUGUCAACCAGAGUAGGAUCAACAUCAAGUUCCAGUUCACUGGGUAGCAUCAAGAGCGGUCUAAGCGUGACAAGACCAGAAGCAAGAAGCCCACGAGCCAUAGCCAUAGCCGGGGACGGAGACAGACGUCCUCCGGUCAGCGGCAUCAUCGACAUGGCCCCAGAGACCGGCACUCGCCGGAAAUAA